UUGUCCGAGAGGGUGAAAAUUUUCAAAGCAUCGGGGCUAUCUUAAUUAAGACAGGCCUCUGGGGGCGGAAAAUUGGCCCCCAAACCAAAUCAGGAGCACAAGUCUGUUUGAAGACAAAUGUAUGAGUGCCCUCGUGCUGGAAUUACUGCAGAGUUGCGGCUUUCUAACUGUACAGGGUCUCGUGAAGUAAGAAAGGGAAGAAUGGAGAGUAGCGUGAGGCGACGAAUGGAGGCUUUGUCUCGCCAUCUUUUGCAGCCACACGAAGCAAAUACUGGCCUUUAUCAAGUUUUGUUAAAGGGAGUGCAGUCAGAAAAGCAAGCGGAGCCGGUGAUCAUAGGAGGCAUGGUGUUGGACAUUCAUGCUACUCCUUCUAUCCCUGCUAACCCAAGAACCACUACUCCUGGCAAGGUGUAUUAUAGAGAAGGGGGUGUAGCAAGGAACAUUGCAGAGUGUAUGUCAAAGCUUGGGGCUAAGCCUUUCAUGAUCAGUGCUGUGGGACUUGACAUGGCAGGAAAUUUGCUGUUGGAACCCUGGAAAUCUGCUGGGCUAUCUAUGGAAGUAGGCAUUCGGAGGCAACAAGAUAUCAAUACUGCUGUUGUUUCCAAUAUAUUCGAUGCCAAAGGAGAAGUGGUAGCUGGUGUUGCAAGUGUUGAGGCUAUUGAAAAAUUUCUCACACCUGAGUGGAUUCAGCUAUUCAAGGGCAAUAUAUCUUCUGCUCCUGUAUUGAUGGUUGAUGCAAAUCUAAGUCCUCCUGCUUUAGAAGCUUCUUGUAAAAUGGCGGCAGAGUCUAACGUUCCUGUAUGGUUUGAGACUGUAUCAGUCACAAAAUCCAGAAGAAUUGCCUCAGUUGCCAAGUAUAUAAGUGCUGCUUUUCCCAAUGAAGAUGAACUAGUUGCCAUGGCAAAUGCUUUGUCUGGUCAAGACAUUUUUCAUCCAAUCAGUAGGGAUAAUAAGUAUUCAACAGAAUCUUUGUUCCAAACACUUAAACCGGCCAUCUGGGUUUUGCUAGAGAAAGGUAUACAAGCUGUUGUUGUGACGCUUGGUCCAGAUGGAGUGUUUUUAUGCUCUAAAGGAGGACUGAACUCUAUGAAGAUUGGUCUGGAGAAAACGACUCAAUAUGGAUUCAGUAGAAAGUUAUACAAAACUGUAAAUUCAUGCUGUCCUUCAAGUUGGUAUUCUGAAGCUAUGCACCUUACAGGAGGCUCUCAGUUUUUCACUAUGCAUAUUCCUGCACUUCCUGCAUCAGUUGUGAGGCUUACUGGAGCUGGUGAUUGCUUGGUUGGUGGGACACUUGCUUCUAAAUGUGCAGGUUUAGAUGUUAUUCAGAGUCUUGCGGUAGGAAUUGCAGCAGCCAAAGCCACUGUUGAGGCAGAGACCAAUGUGCCUUCUGAAUUUAGUUUGACAGCAAUUGCAGAUGAUGCAAGGAUGGUGUAUGCUCAUGCCAAAGUUCUGUAACGUCAAUCAAUGCUGUAACCAUAAGAACGGAUGACUUGUUCCAAUUAUUAGAAAUGACACGAAAAUGGAAACCUUCCAAGAUGCUCUCAUCUUUGUUUUCUGGUCAUCAUUUUUUCAAUUUUGAGUUGUAGAACAUGCAUGACUGGUUUAUUAUCUGCUUCCUCCACACGAAUUGAUCCA